AUGACGGAUAGCAAAUAUUUUACCACCACAAAAAAAGGUGAAAUAUUUGAAUUGAAGUCUGAAUUGAAUAGCGAUAAAAAGGAAAAAAAGAGAGAAGCUGUAAAAAAGGUUAUUGCGUCUAUGACGGUUGGUAAAGAUGUGUCUGCUCUAUUUCCUGAUGUUGUAAAUUGUAUGCAAACUGAUAACUUAGAACUGAAGAAACUUGUUUAUUUGUAUUUGAUGAAUUAUGCUAAAAGCAAUCCUGAUAUGGCUAUUAUGGCUGUCAAUACGUUUGUUAAGGAUUGUGAAGAUCCAAAUCCGUUAAUACGUGCUUUGGCAGUGCGCACCAUGGGCUGCAUCAGAGUCGAAAAAAUAACCGAAUAUCUAUGUGAACCAUUGCGUAAAUGCUUGAGAGAUGAAGAUCCAUAUGUACGUAAAACAGCUGCAGUUUGUGUUGCUAAACUUUACGACAUCAAUGCACAACUUGUUGAUGAUCAAGGAUUUUUGGAACAGUUAAAAGAACUUUUAUCAGACUCUAAUCCUAUGGUGGUUGCUAACGCUGUUGCUGCUUUAUCUGAAAUGAAUGAAGCUAGUAUAACUGGUUCUCCAUUGAUUGAAAUGAAUUCACAAACUAUUAAUAAACUUUUAACUGCUCUAAAUGAAUGUACAGAAUGGGGUCAAGUGUUUAUUCUUGAUUCGUUAGCUAAUUACAGCCCAAAAGAUGAUCGUGAGGCACAAAGUAUAUGUGAACGAAUAACACCUCGAUUAGCUCAUGCUAAUGCUGCAGUUGUUUUAUCUGCUAUUAAAGUCUUAAUGAAACUAAUGGAAAUGUUGCCAACUGAUUCUGACUUUGUUACUACAUUGACUAAAAAACUUGCUCCACCGCUUGUUACUUUAUUAUCUACAGAACCAGAAGUUCAAUAUGUUGCUCUCAGAAAUAUUAAUUUAAUAGUCCAAAAGAGGCCAGAUAUACUUAAGCAUGAAAUGAAAGUUUUUUUUGUUAAAUAUAACGAUCCCAUUUAUGUCAAACUUGAGAAACUGGAUAUUAUGAUACGUUUAGCAUCGCAAGCCAACAUAGCACAAGUUCUUUCAGAACUGAAAGAGUAUGCCACUGAAGUUGAUGUUGAUUUUGUGCGCAAAGCAGUUCGUGCAAUUGGUCGAUGUGCAAUUAAAGUAGAGCAGUCUGCUGAACGUUGUGUGUCUACACUUUUGGACCUUAUACAGACAAAAGUAAACUAUGUAGUUCAAGAAGCAAUUGUAGUUAUCAAAGAUAUAUUCCGUAAAUACCCUAACAAGUACGAAAGCAUAAUAUCUUUAUUGUGUGAAAAUUUGGACACACUUGAUGAACCAGAAGCAAGAGCAUCUAUGAUUUGGAUAAUUGGAGAAUAUGCUGAACGUAUAGAUAAUGCUGAUGAACUUUUAGAAAGCUUUUUGGAAGGUUUCCAUGAUGAAAAUACUCAAGUCCAAUUGCAAUUAUUAACUGCUAUCGUUAAACUAUUUUUGAAGAGACCUACUGACACUCAAGAAUUAGUACAACAAGUCUUAAGUUUGGCUACCCAAGAUUCAGAUAAUCCUGAUUUACGUGAUCGUGGUUUUAUUUAUUGGAGGUUGCUGUCCACUGAUCCGGGUGCUGCCAAAGAUGUUGUACUUGCUGAAAAACCAUUGAUAUCCGAAGAAACCGAUCUUUUAGAACCAACUUUACUCGAUGAACUUGUAUGUCAUAUUUCUAGUCUUGCCAGUGUUUAUCAUAAGCCACCAAAUGCAUUUGUUGAAGGACGACCAGGAUUAAGAAAAUCUUUACCAGCCAGAAAUGAAAAUACAUCUGCUAGUAAUGUUCCUCAAGCUGCAGUCAUACCUGCACCACAAGAAUCAUUGAUUGGAGAUCUUCUUAGUAUGGAUCUGACUACUCCAGCUGUUGUUCCGACAUCUGUUCAACCUCCUUCUGUUGAUUUACUUGCUUCUGGGUUAGAUUCAUUAUUAACCACAUCUGACUUACCAGCAGCUUCAUCAUCAAAUACAGGUCUGCUUGGUGACAUUUUUGGAUUUACACCCACACCAGUAUCUUAUUCUCCGCCUAAACAACUUUGGCUACCAAGUGAAAACGGAAAAGGUUUAGAAAUUAUGGGAACAUUUUCGAGGAAAAAUGGACAAAUUAGUAUGGAUAUGACUCUCAAGAACAAAGCUAUGCAACCAAUGAGUGGAUUUGCUAUUCAGUUAAACAAAAAUUCUUUUGGCUUGACACCAGCUCGUCCAUUACAAGUAUUAAAUCCAUUAUUGCCAACGGCAUCUUAUGAAACCAGUUUAUCUCUUGCGACUACUGGACUUGUGCAACGAAUGGAACCUAUAACUAAUCUUCAAGUGGCAAUAAAAAAUAAUAUUGAUGUUUUAUAUUAUGCUUGUAUUAUUCCAAUGAAUGUAUUCUUUAUCGAAGAUGGUCAAAUGGAUAAGCGAGUGUUUUUGAAAACUUGGAAAGACAUACCUGCAGAAAAUGAAGUGCAAUUCACUUUGAAAAAUGUUCUUUGCAACACAGAGGCUAUCGUCUUGAAGAUGUCACAAAAUAAUGUCUUUACAAUAGCUAAAAGACACGUUGAAGGCCAGGACAUGUUAUACCAGUCAUUAAAGUUGACAAAUGGUAAUUGGGUGUUGAAUGAGCUUAAAAUUCAGCCAGGAAAUCCAAACAUAACUCUAUCAUUAAAAUUACUAGCUAUGGAAGUUGCACAAGGAGUUUUCCAAGCAUACGAUGCUAUCCUUCAUUCAUAG